AUGGACUUGCGUAUGCUUCAGAUUGCUGUUUAUUUGUCAUGCGGUGCCACAGCAUGUUACCUCUGGGGCCGUAGAAUUAAAGGGAAAGCUGACUCUUUUAAUAGUAUUACCCGUGCAGUUGACUUCAAAUGGUUGGAUGAUUUUCUUAAAGAGAAAGCCACGAAGCUCCUUGUUGUUGUGUCCGGGAAAGUUGCUUCUGCAACGCCCUUGAACUGCAAACCUGAUGAUGCUUCUUCGGGUGAUGUUUUUGAGGCUAAGUUCGAAAUGGGUUAUGAGACCAAAUUGGACGAUGAUGGUGGUUUGAUAAACAGGUGUCAUAAUUUUCUGUUUCAAAUCAAGGAUACUGCUUGGUAUCUUGAAGACGGUACGGGUCUGGUGAAAGUAGUGAGAGCUGAACUUGCUGAUGGUUAUGUUGAUAUUCUGAAACCGCAAUUUGAUUUCUCAUUAAUUUUUGAAGUCUUUCAGAGGUUUCAUAAACCCCAAGAAGGCUCUAAGGUGAUUUUCCGGAGUGCUCUCGAAACUGGUACCUCCUUAACUAUUAUUGGCGAGGCUGCUAGAGACGAGGCUGGUAAUGUCACUAUCCAAAAACCCAAGGAACAGUCUUUUAGGAUCUUCAGUGGAGAAGGCUCCUUUGAUAAAAUGGUUGGCAACUUAAAGUCAAACUCAGAGUUUUAUUUUUUCUACUCCAAGAUCUUUGGAACUAUUGCAGUGGCUAUAGCCGUCAUGAAAGGUGUGACUUUCAUAAGAAGGGUUCUUCGUGAGAGAUCAGAGACUACUGAUUCAGACAGCGAGGACACCAUUCAGGGAGGAGAAUCAGAGAACAGUAGUUUAUAGGAAUGCAAGUGAAUGAACCUUCAUCCUCUAGCAAGUGAAGUCACUUAUGUUUCUUUAGAGAUAGAGAGAGUCCACGGCUUUGAAGGCUUUUGUGGAAGCAUAUGAUCUCAUUUUCAAGAAAAACUAUAAAAAAAAGCAAGAUUGUUUUAUUUUUAUGGUUAUGUUUAUCUUUUCAAACGAAAACUAUUUUAUACAAGUUUGUACCUACAAUAU